AUGAUAUUGAAGAAAACAGUGCAUAGAUCAAGAAAAGACUGGUCACGAAAAUUAGAUGAUGCACUAUGGGCGUAUAGAACAGUGUUUAAAACACCGAUUGGGAUGUCACCGUAUCGGUUGGUGUUUGGAAAAGCUUGCCAUCUGCCGGUGGAAUUAGAGCAUAAGGCCUUUUGGGCUAUGAAGACCCUCAACAUGGACUUGAAAGCUGCAGGAGAGAAAAGACUGCUGCAAUUGAAUGAGUUGGAGGAGUUCAGAAAUGAGGCUUACAAGAAUGCAAAGAUUUACAAGGAAAGAACAAAGAAGUGGCAUGACCAAAGCUUAGUCAGAAAGGAGUUUCAACCUCGGCAUCAAGUUUUACUUUUCAAUUCAAGGUUGAAAUUGUUUCCUGGCAAGUUAAAGUCAAGAUGGUCGGGCCCGUUUACCGUGGUCAAGGUGUUUCCUUAUGGAGCUGUAGAACUGAAAGGAGAAUGUCUAGGAACCUUUAAGGUUAAUGGACAGCAUUUAAAGCUCUACUUGGGAGGUCAAAUUGACCAAGCCAAGUCCGCCAUUAUUCUGGCACCUCUCUAA